GGUUCAAACUUUCAUCGCAUGACUAAACACUUUUGCAGUAAUCCUUUAGGUACAACAGAUUCUUUUUUUGCGACAGACGUCUACCGUAAAAAUAUACGCUUAGCGCAAAUAACGAUGGAGCGCUGGAAAGGCCGCACAGCACUGGUGACGGGCGCAUCGUCCGGUAUUGGCUACGCCAUCGCCGAUGCACUGGCAGGAAGCGGGAUGAAAGUGGUUGGCUGCGCGCGCAACCUGGAAAAAAUCCAUGAAUUAGCCAAGAAGCACGGAAAAGGACCCGGCAGCAUCGAAGCGAUUAAGUGUGAUGUCAGCCAGCCGCAGCAGAUCGCCGCCAUGUUCGAGCAAAUCCGUAAACAACACGGUCAUGUCGAUGUACUGGUUAACAACGCCGGAGUGGUGCAACUGGAUUCGCUGUUGUCCGGUCGAACUGAAAAAUGGCGAGAAAUGUUGGAGAUCAAUGUUCUCGGUUUAAGUGUCUGCGCCAGGGAAGCUCUGAAGCUUAUGCAACAAGACGGAGUUACUGAUGGAAAUAUCAUCAACAUCAACAGUUAUGGUGGCCACAUCCACUUGAAUGCCGCCCCCUAUCAUUUCUACUCCGGCACUAAACAUAUGAUCACAUCUCUGACGGAAUCACUGCACCGGGAAGUACGCGCCAUGGAGCCGAAAAACAAUAUUCGCGUUACGGAUAUCAGCCCCGGAGUUGUGGCUACGGACAUCUUCCAGCGCUCCGCGGCCAGCGCCGAACACCCACCGGAAGCAGGAGGAUUUGGGACGGAUUUCCAGCCGUUGUCCGGCGAAGACAUUGCCAACAGCGUGCUGUACAUUCUGGGGGCACCGCAGCAUGUCAAUGUUAAGACAUUUAUCGUCUGUCCCACUAAGCAGCCAAGUAACACUUUACCAAAAGGCGCCGGGACCGUGCGCGCUAUCAAAUGUGAUAUCUUCAAAGAGGAAGAUAUCAAGCGCAUGUUCGCGGAGAUCGAGAAGACCCACAAACACGUGGACGUUCUUGUGAAUAAUGCCGGCAUGGCCAAACCCGAUACGCUCUCAACCGGUAGUGCUGAUCAGUGGCGCGAGAUGAUCGAUGUCAACGUUAUGGGGCUGUCUAUCUGCGCGCGUGAAGCCUUGCGACUAAUGGCUAAGAACCAAAUCUCCGAUGGUCACAUUAUCAAUAUCAACAGUAUGGCGGGUCAUUCGAUCCCGCCGAUGGCUAGCACCCACUUCUAUUCAGCCACCAAACAUAUGGUCAUCGCGCUGACGGAGGCGCUGUACCGCGAAGUGAAGGAUAUCUCCAAAAAGAUCCGCGUAACGAGCAUCAGUCCAGGUGCCGUACAGACCGACUUCAGUAACCGAUGGGUUGGUGAGGAGAAUGUAAAGCAGAUGCAAGGCGCCUUUGGUGGCAUGAAGGAGCUCGAAGCGCAGGACAUCGCUAACGCUAUCGCUUAUGUCGUUAAUCCACCGCUGCAUGUGUGUAUUAAGGAACUCAUUAUCGCGCCCACGGAGCAGUUUGCGUUUUAAAUUCGAUGAUUUUAACUUUAAAUCUAGCUGUUUGGUUCAUUAAUAGUUCUGUAUUGCUAGAGUGCUAUUCCGUACUUUUUCUGGGUUUGUGUAGAUACGAGAAAAGCU